GUUUGGUCUGAACUCUGAAGUGAACUGAAGGAGUGAGCUCAACUAAUAGGAGUUUGAGCAGAUAAGGCCCUCGAAUUUGUGGGUAAUUUUCGUGCUUUCAUUACUAUAUCGCCCUUGGACGUGUUGCAAUGAAUGGUGGGCAUUUUGGUAAAAUCCUUCUUAGUGUGCAUAAAACUAAGACAUGGAUUUUUUGAAACACAAACAAAUGGCGAGCACUCUGCUGUCCGUACACCGCUUUCUUCCCUCCCAAAAGAGGGAGAAUAUUGGCUACAUGAGUGCUUUCAGAUCUUCAUUUCGUGGCCAAGCUCCGUGCAAUUCAAGUUUUUGUGGGAGACAAAUAGCUGGAAGCCAUGGAAAACGUCUUGUUGUUCAUUCACUGCUUGGAAGGAAGGUGAGGUCCGUGAAGAAAAGAGAGACAGUGAUUCCUGAACCAGAUUACAGGAUUUCAAUUGUGCUACUCGGUAUUGCUGGUGGGUUGAUUUACACAGAUAAUCUAGUACCUGCAGUACCUGUUGGUCUCCUUGGAUUGCUUCUGUUGUUUCAGACUACUAGAGUGAGAUUUGUCUUUGAAGAUGAUGCCCUGGAGGUAAGGAUAGGUGAACAACUCCAGGAAUCAGGUGAGAAUGUUUUUGUUGGAGGAGAAAACCGCUGGAAGUACUCAACAUUUGUUAAUUGGGAAUUCUGGUGGCCGAACUUCCCGAUCUUGGUUUACUUCAAGGAGACGCAAACAAAGCCCGAAGGACAAAUCCAUUUCUUUCCCAUAAUCUUUAAUGGUAAGCAGCUUUAUGAGGUUAUGGUGGAAAGAGCUGGACCUUCAAAAACUAGUGGGCCAAAGGAAUCCUAAGGACGGAGCUGAGUGUGGGGUGUCUCGGAAACCAUUGAAAUCAAGGGAGCCUCGGCAAAGAGACUUUAUAUGUUGAGAUUGCUAUUUGUUUGUGUUAGUGUGCUGAGAUGAGGAAACACUGUUCUCUCUGUUUCAAGUAGCAGGAAAGCUUUGGUUUAACAAAUAAUUCAGAUGUAGUUUCCUAAGCGACAAAAAUAAUACAAUUCAAUUAUUUGUAAGUCUUGUUUCGCAUGAAUAUAGUUCGUCUUAUUCCUUUCGAGAUUGAUCAGUGAUUUUACUUCA